AGGCAAGCAAACACCAAUUACAGAAUGUUGCCGUUGUGGUUCAUCUGUUUUGUUGCCAUGUCAGCUGGUGAACUUCUAGAUACCGAGAAGUACAAACAGUUAUUGUUAGAUGAACAUUCUACCUACAGAAGAAAACAGGGAGCUUCUAACAUGAACAAGCUGGUAUGGGACGAACAGCUAGAACAGGAGGCAGGUGAUUGGAUAAAAUCAUGUAACUUUGAUCAUCAGCAUAAAGGUCGCGGAGAGAACUUAGCUUUUGCUACCGGAGACGAUGCCGAAAAGAUGGCUAAAGACGCCAUGAAAGGGUGGUAUGAUGAACUUAACACGUACAGCUACUCAGGGAAAGCUUGUUUAUCUAGCUGUCAUUAUACGCAGGUAGUCUGGGCCGAAACAAGGAAGGUUGGAUGUGCUAUGAAUAAAUGCGGUUAUUUAUCAUUUUCUGGACGUAUGAUAAAGGAUGCAUUGUACUUGGCUUGUUUCUACGAUCCAGCGGGUAAUGAUAUGUCUGAGUAUCCAUACUUAAAAGGAAAACCAUGCUCUCAAUGUCUAGAAGGACAGACAUGUGACGAUGGUCUUUGCACAGGGAAAGGUAGGAAAGUAUGUGAAGACAAAGAUGAUAAGUGUGAAUACUGGGAAUCCAUUAAAGAAUGCAACAAAAACCAAAAAUGGAUGGAGAAGACAUGUAGAAAGUCUUGCCACUUCUGCGAAGAUGACGAUAUUCAGACAGCAGGACCAGCAUGCGAGGAUAAAGCUGGAGACACAAAAUGCGCUGGAUGGAAAUUCUCCUGUGAGAGCAAUGCAGCUUACAUGAAGAAAAAUUGUAGAAAGACGUGUGGACAUUGUUAGGAAAUAUACAGCAAAUUGCCUGAAAUUUAUACGUAGAGUGUUACUGACGACUGCCAAAUAUAAUU